CCGACGUUGCAUUUGAGUGUGUCUGUGAGAGGGGAGUGUGUGUAACUGGAAGAAGCCUUCAGUCAUUUUUCCCCCAUAUAGACGUUAAAGUGUUGUAGGCCUACUAGUUUUUGCUGCAAGAUCUUCAGUAUGCCUAUUAAAUUCGAGAUUUGCCCAGGAAGAAUGAUCGGGGGUAACAAUCCCUGUUUCAUCAUAGCAGAAAUCGGACAAAAUCAUCAAGGAGAUAUUGAAAUCGCAAAGAAAAUGAUUAAACUGUCUAAGGAAGCUGGGGCUGACUGUGCCAAGUUUCAAAAGAGUGAACUUGAAUUUAAGUUCAAUAAACGUGCCCUGGAGCGCCCUUACACCUCUAAACACUCUUGGGGAAAGACAUAUGGGGAACACAAGCGUCAUCUGGAGUUUAGUCAUGAACAAUACAGAGAGCUCCAGAAGUAUGCUAAGGAAGUUGGCAUCUUCUUCACCGCAUCAGGCAUGGAUGAGAUGGCUGUAGAAUUCCUCCAUGAGUUGAAUGUUCCGUUUUUCAAAGUUGGAUCUGGAGAUACCAAUAACUUUCCCUACCUUGAAAAGACAGCAAAAAAAGGCAGGCCUAUGGUGGUGUCCAGCGGAAUGCAGUCCAUGGAGACCAUGCGGCGUGUCUACCAAACAGUGAAGAAGCACAACCAAAACUUUUGCAUUCUGCAGUGCACCAGUGCCUAUCCUCUCGUGGCUGAAGAUGUUAACCUCCGUGUCAUCACUGAGUACCAGAAGGAGUUCCCGGACAUUCCCAUCGGAUACUCGGGUCAUGAGUCAGGAAUCUGCAUUAGUGUGGGGGCAGUAGCACUUGGUGCAAAGGUGGUAGAACGCCAUGUGACCCUUGACAAAACCUGGAAAGGUAGUGACCAUGAAGCCUCUCUGGACUUCAGUGAGCUGGCAGAGCUUGUGCGCUCCAUUCGCACCGUGGAGCGGGCUCUGGGCACGGGCACUAAACAGAUGCUACCCUGUGAGGUGCCAUGCCACGAUAAGCUGGGUAAGUCUGUUGUGGCAAAGACUGCCAUUCCAAAGGACACUAUCCUGACCCUAGACAUGAUGACGGUGAAAGUGGGGGAGCCAAAAGGGGUGCCACCAGAAGACAUCUUCCAGCUGGUGGGCAAGAAGGUGACCGCUGAUGUUGAAGAGGAUGACAGCAUCACUGAGGAUAUUGUUGACAACUAUGGCAAAAAGGCCAAAUGCUAAGAGAGAGGCAUUACUGAACACCCUAGCUAUUGAUGUCCUCUGGGCAGUGUACGCCAUAAGUUAUGUGUUAACAUAUUUUCAUCUGUUUCUGUUCUAGCCUUCUCAUUUCUGUGAGCUGGGCCAGAAUCCUAUUGUUGUCCAGAAACAUUUUUUAUACAACAUUAUCUUUGUAGCAAUAACAGUGUGUAUCACUUUGAUUUUGAUGAAACAAGAAAUUAUUCUUUAAACAAGAAAUGCCAUUGCUUGAUGGGAGUCCAUUAAAAUAUUUUUCAGCACAAAGGA